AUGGAGAAUGUCAAUGUCUCUGAAUUGGUCGAGCGCCUGGGUAGCGAUGAAGAUGCCGUGCGCAAGAUGGCGGUCUUCAAGCUUCAGAGCAACAUCGGCGACCCGUCCUUUGCGGACCUCUUCAUCGCAGAGGGGGGUCUGGUCCGAUUACGCUAUUUAACUCUUCAUGCGACGGGCAAUACCUUGGCCUAUAGCUUGACCAGCUUCGCCAGGUUGCUCGACGUAGAUAAAGGGUGGGAAUGUGUUGAUCAGGAGUUGGUGGAACGAAUUGUCGAAUUGAUUGUCACCCAUCCCCUGGUCAAUAUUCUUCGAGGCGCCAUGUCGAUUCUCGUCUCCGUCGUCUCGCAUCCGUACAUCGGGAACCGUGCAUCCCAGGUCGACCACUUUGGGUUCCGUGCCUUGAAGCCCGCCAUCGCUAUAUACCCUCAAUUCCUGGAAAUGCUAGUGAGCCGACUCUCCUCCGCCGACCACGCCCUGUGCGCCAAUGCCCUACAAUUGAUCAACUCCCUCAUGCGCGACUCGAUCACACACGACUCUGAAGCCGAGUGGCCCAAGUUCAUUCAAAAGCUCCAGGAUCUGGGGGUGAUCAGGGCUGUCUAUAUGCUGAUGCAGGACUCUGCCCUGCAAGACCUAGCGCAUCCAUUACUCGAAUUCCAGUCGUUGACAAAGGUGCUGUUACGGAAAUGGAGAGACCUUCCAGUCAACCAAGAGAAGCCUGAACAUCGCCGCGCGUUGAAGGGGGUCCACCUAGCCAGUAACCCGCCGAAGCGCCCCGACGAGACGACUGAAAAUGGCGACGAUGCACGGCGCUCAAAACGACAUCAUCCGGAGAAGUGGAGGCGGCUGGGAUUCGAGACGGAGAGCCCAGCCAUGGAAUUCUACGAAGUUGGUUUCCUCGGGAUGAUGGAUCUGGCGGACUAUGUGCGCAGCCAUCAGGAUGAAUUCCAAAAAAUGCUUUUGGAGCAUUCUACAAAGCCGGCACGACAACGGUGCCCGAUUGCACGCGCUUCUCUGGCCGUGACUUCGAUUCUAUACGAGCAUUUCGAAGUGGACAAGUCUGAGAUGGAUGAUACCAAGGCAUAUCUCAUUUCGGAGUCUCGCUCGGGCUUUGAUAAACUAUUCCAGCCGUUACUAUUACAUUGGACCCGGCUUCAUGUUGCCGGGUUGCAAGCCUUCUUCCGCCUGUGGAAGGCGACUGCCGCUGAAGUGGAGGAUUUGGACAAGCUUAUCGAGCUCAUACGGAUCCUCAUCGAAUCCGUGGUCGGCGGAGCUUCUCGGACCAAGGAUGUACAGGAUGUGGAAGAGGAGCUGGCCGAUUUUGAAUAUAACCGUCUGCGUGGGCUACAGAUGGAACUUCUCGAACUUACGUACGAGGAUGCAUGGGGUCCGCACCUGCGCCAGGUGCGCGAGGAGCUCCAACACGAAGCCCUUCAGUUUGUCAAGGAGCAACGAAUCCGAUGUCUCCUUCGAGGGGCUUGGUUUGCCAUGGACUCUGGCUCGAAAGCCGAUGGAGCAGUGCAGAAGUCCACCGGGUCACAUCGGUUUGCUCAACUCUCUCACAAUCGACGAUAUCUACAUUUCGGGACAUUUAACUCCAUGGGUGACGGGGCUCCAGAGCUAGAUACUCUGCCAGAGAAAAUUGACCUCUCCAUGGUGUCAUCUGUAGUCUCCAAUAUUUCCACAACACCAGACCAUGCUUCUACAGCUACAGUCAAGUCUACGCCCCGUCAGCCAGCAACCAAGAUCACCAUCCACGGUUAUGCUCCAUCUUCUUCUCAUGGUCAAGGCAAGGGCCAUACCCGCUCGGCCAGCAGGACAACCCAGAAAGAGGUGGUCCUACUUACGCUGCGGCCUUCCUCACACAGCAUUGCAUCUGAAUGGCUGGACGGUCUAUUGAUGCUUCUAAACCAGCAACCCAUCACCGCCGAGACCACCAAGCUGAUUGAUCUGGUCAGCAACUACGGGUUGAAAAUCCGUCUGCUUAAUGUCCGCUUCGACGAUGCUACCUUCGCAGGCGAGGCUCCUGAGGUUCCAUCCCGUGAUGGACUAGAUGAAGACUAUUAUUAUGAUGUCUUUGGUGGCGCAUAA